AGGGCGUGGUGCCGGCGGCGCCGGGGCGUGCGCAGGCGCAGGGAGAACUCAGGCACUGAUGGAGGAAAUGGACCUCGUCUCCGAGUUCCCCCAGCCUUCGGGUGCUGCUCGCUCUGCGGAGGUUAUGGCUCGCUUCGCGGCCCAGCUAGGCUCACAGGGCCGGCGGGUGGUGUUGGUCACGUCAGGCGGCACCAAGGUCCCUCUGGAAGCGCGGCCAGUGCGCUUUCUGGACAACUUCAGCAGCGGACGGCGCGGUGCAAUUUCGGCCGAGGCCUUCCUGGCUGCAGGCUACGGGGUCCUGUUCUUGUACCGCGCUCGUUCCUGUUUCCCCUUUGCCCACCGCUUCCCGCCUCAGACCUGGCUGUCGGCCCUGCGGCCUUCUGGCCCAGCUAAGUCGGGCGUGCUGAGCCUGGAGGCCGAGGAGAAUGCACUCCCGGGCUUCUCUGCGGCUUUGCGGAGCUACCAAGAAGCAGCGGCUGCCGGCACCUUCCUGGCUGUAGAGUUCUCCACUUUGGCAGACUAUUUGCAUCUGCUGAAGGCUGCUGCCCAAGCGCUCAGUCCACUAGGGCCUUCUGCGAUGUUUUACCUGGCUGCGGCCGUGUCAGAUUUCUAUGUUCCUGUCUCUGAAAUGCCUGAACACAAGAUCCAGUCAUCUGGGGGCCCACUGCAGAUAACAAUGAAGAUGGUGCCAAAAAUGCUUUAUCCUUUGGUUAAAGAUUGGGCUCCCAAAGCCUUUAUAAUUUCCUUUAAGUUGGAGACCGACCCCUCCAUCGUAAUUAAUCGUGCUCGGAAUGCUUUGGAAGUUUAUCAACAUCAACUGGUGAUAGCUAAUAUCCUUGAGUCAAUACAUUCCUUUGUUGUUAUUGUCACCAAAGACUCAGAAACCAAGUUAUUGCUAUCAGAGGAAGAUGUAGAAAAAGGUGUAGAGAUAGAAAAGAAGAUAGUGGAGAAUCUUCAGUCUCGACACACAGCUUUUAUAUAUGACAAAAACUGAACUAAAAAAGUUUUAUAGGAUCAAAAAUUGUUCAGUGGACCAGGGCUCUUAUAAAUGGCAAGAACUAGAAUAAAUUAUUUGCUUUUAUAAGAACAAAGAAAAAAAAGGAAGGUAAAAAUUGUGGUAUGCAGACAAUAUGGGCUGGCUUUUGCCUCUUAAUGACUGAACCACCUGACACACUCACCUGAAAUGUUAUCUUGACUUGGAAAUUGAACACUAGAGCUUUGCCUUGACUUUUUAAAAAGCCAAGAAAUAAA